AUGACACCGGGCCGUUAAUUAAUUAAUGGCCGUUCAGCAGCAGGCUGGCAGUGGGACACGAGGCUCUCGUCUGUGAGGAAGAACAGAGAGAAGAGGAGGAGGAGGAAGGUGGAGGAGGUAGCAGAGAAGAGGACGAGUGAAAAGAGGAGAAGAAAAGAAGAAAAGAGAAUAAAGGAGAGGAGGAAGGGUGCCACUUUCACCCUGUCGGACUAUCAAUCAACCUGCUGCUGCAGAGGGAGAGAGGGAGAGAGGGAGAGGUGGAACGAGUGGAGAGAGAGACAGAGAGAGAGAGAGAGAGAGAGAGAGAGAGGGAGAGAAUGGCGAUGGACUGGCCCACACAUCCUCCUCCAGCACUGGUUCCGGCCGUGGUGAGUGCCGGAGCGGUUCUGGUUUCCCAUUACGUCUUCAACGCUGCUGCCCAAGUCCCUGAUCCAGCGCUCUUGCCCACAGACCCCCCGCCGAAGCCGGACCCCAUCACCUCGGAGACCGUUGUGUUCUGGGGACUUCGUCUCUGGCAGGUCGUGGGGAUUUUCUCCAUGUUUAUCCUCGCCAUCAUCAUCACUCUGUGCUGCAUCUUUAAAUGUCGAGUUCCUCGCACCAAGAAGGAGAUCGAGGCUCGUCACGCUCAGAGACAGGCAGCUAAGAGCUACGCUAACACGCUGGAGACGGUUCCUCCUCUCAACGAGCUCACUGAGAUACCGGGAGUGAUUCGUACCCUCUCUGAGCAUGUGCAGACUCGUGACGCUAAUCAACUUCCUGCUCUCAACGAGGAAGACGAACCGACCAAUCAGAGUGCUCAGAACGAGACAGGCUAAAACUCUACAUCUGUCUGUCUCUCUCUGUCUGUUUCUCUUCCUGUCUCUCUGUCUGUAUCUGUCUCUCUCUCUCUCUAUCUCUCUGUGUUAAUGCUUUAUCUUGUCUCUGUAUUUCACUCAAUAAACUCAUCUGUCA